AUGGCAACUUCUACUCGACGCAAUUCCAAAAAAACUACGCCGUCUAGAAAUGAAUUGGUUAAUGAUCCUCUUGCUACGUUCAUACCUGUUAAAAAUCGUCAAACUCGAGAAAAUAAUAAAAAGUCGCAAAAGUAUUCUGGUCAACAAAAUCAUGAGAAACAAGUAAUUUCUGUAGAUAUAGAUAUUUCACCGUUGCUUAAUGAAGAAAGUAACAAAGAGAGUAGCGAUAAAAGUGAACCGAUUGUUAAUACUUCGAAGGUUAUUGCUAAGAAAAAAAGUAGUAUUAGUAAAGUAUUUGCUAGUACAAUUUCUAUCUCAAAGAUAAAUGAUGAUUCUAUCGUGAUGAUUGAAGAUCAAGUUACACCAAAACGAAAAGGUGAUUUUAAUAAUAAAGAUACUAAAUCAAAAAUGAUUCGGCUUGAUGAGAAAGAUCUCAACCUAUUAAUGAAAGCAUUGAAAUAUUCUCAAAAGACAUAUGUGGCAUCUCUUAAAGUGAAAGAAGCAGCCAUCCGUACAGAGACUGCUUUAAAUGAAUACAUAAGAGACCGUUCAUCACAAGAUGAAGACUCCAAUAAGAUUACUGAAUCUGGCAAGACCUCACAAAAAAAAACAUUCUGGUAUAGCAUCCUAACCAAUGAAGAAAUGCGUGAUUUUAUUUAUUUUGCUUUGAUAGAUACGCAUCCUGAUGAAGUCGAUAAGUUGGAAAAUUCAAAAGGAGGUUGGAUAAACUAUUGGAUAGAAGUAUUACAAUCGACGAUGCGCAAUGAAAUUCGUUACUUUUCCAGAUACAAAGCUGCUACUGACGAUGUUAUAGCAUGGAAAACAUCCCAAAGUACAAAAUGGGCUAGUGAGAAUUUGUGGAAUAAAGUUGAAGAAAACGGUGAUGAAUCUGAUACCUAUAUGAACUGUAUUACCAAAGAGGUUUUGAAAAAAGAUGAAAGAACAACUCAUAGUUGUGCUUUUGUUGUCGCGGUAGUUGAUCUCAUGUUCGAUUCAAGUAUUCAAACUACUAUCCUUAGUGGAGAAUUGAUAACAAGACGAAUUAAGGAAAGGGAAAUGAUUAUGCAAAAGGAUCAAGAGGAAGAGAUCCAAUCUGAUACAGAAUAA